AUGCCAGCUUUCGCACCUGGCUUGCCGUUUCUUUCUGGCCUUCGCUGCUUGAACACCAUUCUCAAGCAUCGCCCCACCGAUUAUUUGCCGCGAUCACCAGAACUCUUCGGUAACAACAGCCAGUUCACGGACGUCGGCAAAAUGCAGAUUUUCGUGAAGACCCUGACGGGUAAGACCAUUACCCUUGAGGUCGAGUCCUCGGACACGAUCGACAAUGUCAAGUCCAAGAUCCAGGACAAGGAGGGCAUCCCCCCCGACCAGCAGCGCUUGAUCUUUGCCGGCAAGCAGCUCGAGGACGGCCGCACUCUUUCCGACUACAACAUCCAGAAGGAGUCCACCCUCCACCUGGUCCUCCGUCUCCGUGGUGGUAUCAUCGAGCCCUCGCUCAAGGCUCUUGCCUCCAAGUUCAACUGCGACAAGAUGAUCUGCCGCAAGUGCUACGCUCGCCUCCCUCCCCGUGCGACCAACUGCCGUAAGCGCAAGUGCGGUCACACCAACCAGCUCCGCCCCAAGAAGAAGCUCAAAUAGACGAUUUAUCACGGUUGCGGCGUCACGGGUUCUGGCAUUCUGGAGAGGAUGGCAGGGAUACGAAUUUUCCUGGGCUUUGUGGUAGCAUUACAUUCCAUCGGCAAGCAGUUCUACGAAUAAAAACUGAAUUGGUCGCCCUCCUACCUCAAAUGUCAAAACAACAAAAAAGGAAGCCAGGGAAAAGAACAAAUAUUGGGACUGCCACUUACGUCCUGCAUCACUGGGUUUCGAUGUCGAGAAGCUGGAAGAGAACAAAAAAAAAAUCGUUUGGCGAGAGUGCGCGCCUGGGCGUCCUGAGUGCAGCAUAUUGGAGAUGCUAACGGGCAUGAGAGACGUACUAUGAUGGAUGCGCGGCAUGGAGACUGACUUGCCAUACAAUGCUUCGUUGACUACAGUGAAAUACCAACACCGUAGUGAAAUACAGAGCCGCAGACCUAAAUUUGACGUCGUCG